AUGCCGGAUUAUGUGCCCAGUGUUGCACGUUGGAUGCUGGAGUGCUGGACUAGCGAAGAAUUCUGGAAGGUGCUCGAAAAGACGUUCACCAAUGAAGAAAUUCAAGAGCUUUUGUUUGGGGACCAGUCCGACCUAGACGUCGAUUCGGACUCGGGCGAUGAAGCGGAGAAAUUCCAGCUGGAAUCCCUACUGGACGAAAGCAGCGACGAUUCUUCGAGUGGAGAUGAAAGUGGUCAAAACGAAAAGUUUGAGAAAGUAUCUCGACCACAACGUUCCCGCCAAAAAGUCGCACAGUCGUGGAUGGCACAGGCAUUUUCAGCACCGAUUGACAUAGAAAGAACCGCACCCACGCAGCACUGUCAAGAGCCCCAGACGCCUCUGACAUAUUUUAAAGAAUAUUUUGAAGACGACUUUUGGGAGUUCGCAGCAACCAGAACGAACUUGUACUGGAUUCAGACGAAUGGGACCACCCUAGGUAUGACAGCCAAAGAAGCGAAAGCUCCUUUUGGAAUGCACAUUGUAAUGGGCAACCUGAAGUUUCCUCAGGCCCGCAUGUAUUGGGCAGCAGCAACUCGAGUAUCAAUAAUUACGGAUGCCAUGCCUAGAGAUCGCUUUUUCCGUCUCAGAAACGCGUUGCACGUCUGCAACAACGACACUGACUAUGAUGAAAGCAACCGAUGCUGGAAGGUUCAGGCCCUCCUAGACCGUGUGAGGAAAGCCUGUCUGAAAAUUCCCAGGUCUAAUGCAGCCUGUGUAGACGAACAGAUGAUUCCGUUUACAGGCAGAACAGAACUGCGUCAGUAUGUUCGGGGGAAGCCAAACCCGACCGGACUCAAGAACUUUGUACUUGCUGACUCUCUCGGUAGGGUAUUGGACUUUGAAAUCUACCAGGGUGCCACAACACCAAUUCCCACUGAGCACAAAGAUCUCGGAAUCGGCGGGGGAAUUGUCAUGCGACUUGCAGACUCAAUGCCUCGAGGAAAUGACUGCGUCUUGUGCUUUGACAGAUUUUUCACGUCCGUACCGCUAAUUGAGCGCCUUCUUGAGAAGGAAAUGUUCGGUCAUGGCACAGUGAUGACAAAUAGAGUCAAGACAGCUCUCAAAUCCGAUAAAGAGCUACUUGCUGAAGGACGCGGAUCGAGUCAUGAGAAGGUGAGCGCUGACGGAAAAUUGGUGGUGGUGAAAUGGAUGGAUACGCGGUCAGUUACGCUGCUGUCUUCAUGUUGUGGAGCUGAGUCAGUUGGCUCUACUAGGCGCUACGACAAGAAACAGAAAAAAUACGUUGAAGUCAAAAGGCCUGCAAGCGUCCGAUUCUACAACACUCACAAGGGAGGAGUUGACCUGAACGACUUUCUCAUCAGUCUGUAUCGCAUAAAAAUGAAAACUAAGAAAUGGCCUGUAAAAGUCAUUUUCCCCUUCACCGAUCUCGCCUUGGUUAACAGCUGGCUGAGUUACAAAGAAGACGCCAAAGAGGCAGGCUACACGAAGAGUCAAGUGCUUCACCUGCUAGACUUCAGGAUGCAGGUGGCAGAAGCUCUUAUCAGGGGCUCCCAAGAAAGAAAACGGCGUGGGCUGCCGUACAUAUACCAGGCCCUGACCUGCGUUUUGAUCAAGAAGGCCAUUGGCCAGAUCCGCAAGUGA